AUGGAAAAAAUGAACAUUUAUUGUGUAAACGUGGAACAAGAGGCUUAUGAGAUGCCGUCAGAUUCGAAAAAAGUGAUGUUGAAAAUCGAGGACAUUUCACUGUAUUCGUCGGGUGUGUUUAGUAAUGUUUAUCGGUGAGUACGGUGGAUUUUCGGGCCGGAAAUUAGGCAAAAAUCCCGUGUUUUUAACGCUAAAAGUUAUUCUAGGCUUAUGCAGAAUAAUAUUUUGUGAUAAAAAAAAACAUAUUUUUCCUAUGCAGAAGAAAAACGUCGAAAAAAAUAUACAGUUUACUAUUUUUGAGUAGAGACAAUGUGAAAUUGAGAGAGUGCAGACAGUUUUUUGUAUUUUUUUCGCACAAUUUUUAGAAUCCGCAAUUUCAGACGUGAAAUUUGAUGGAUUUUGAGCUAAAAUACGUCGAAAAUGAGCCCAGGAGCUUAUUUUUGACGAAUUUUGAGCCCGGGACUAGGAAAAUCCCAAUUUCUGACCCAAAAUUCAUAUUCCACGUGAAUUUUUGACCCCGGAAACAUCUAAAAACCCCGAAAAUCCAAAAUUUUUGCUCAAAAAUGGCAAAUGCGCUCCACUGCACUUUGCGCGAUUUUUGAUGAAAUUCAAAUUUUUAAUUAGAAGGUUUUUUCGCACAAAAAAAUACAAAAAACUGUCUGCACUCUCUCAAUUUCCCAUUGUCUCUACACAAAAAUAGUAAACUGUAUAUUUUGUUCACAAAAUAUUAUUAUUUUCUUUGAAAAAAAUUCGAAAUUUUCUCCAGCGGUCUUCUCAAAGAACCCGUCGAAAAGAAGAUCGCAAUCAAAAAAACGUGGCCCGACGUGGAUCGCAAAAAAUUCGACCGCAACUUCGAAUUCAUCUUUCUCACCGGUCGCGAACGUGCCCCACACAAGAAUAUCAUUCAAAUGCUAUAUGCGUUCAGCCACGAUUACGGUUCGAAAGUCUGCGAAUCGUAUGUCUUCGAUUUCAUGCCAACAACCCUAGCCGAUGUGUUGAAAACGUUGAAUCCCACCAACGCAAUCGGCCCCGGUCUAGACGAAAUGGACAUUCGAUUAUACACGUGGCAAAUCUUCGCCGGGCUCAAGUAUCUCGAAGAGCAUCUGAUCAUCCAUCGAGAUUUGAAACCCGCCAACAUCCUCGUAGAUCAUGACGCUGGAACUCUUAAGAUCAACGAUUUCGGCUCAUCAAAAUGUUUCAUCAAAAACAAGCCAAGCGAAUCGUAUCAAAUUCCACGCUUCUACAGACCGCCCGAGAUGUGCUUGAAAUCCACCGACUACGAUUCGACUGUAGAUGUUUGGUCGGCUGGAUGUUGUGUGGGUGAGAUGAUCAAAAAGGGGCAGAUCUUGUUUCCCGGAAAAUGCUCGGCACAUCAAUUCAAGCUCUAUUGUCGAUGUUUUGGUUGUCCGUCGGAGGCGGACUUCAAAGCGAUGAAAACUCCGGAGAGUUGCCGAUUGCCGCCGGAUUGUAUGAGAUAUUCAAAAGGUUCGGGACUCUUGAAACUGUUGCCUGGCGCAAAAGAAGAUCAAUUGGGAUUUUUGAAACGUGUCUUUCAAUUUGCACCGGAGAAGAGAUUUCGGGGAAUUGAAGCACUAAAGGAUGACUAUUUCCAACCACUUUUUGUGUGAGUUAAGGGAUUUACCUUAAGGGACUUACCCUCGCUUCGCUCGAGAAAAACAAAAAAAAAGUCGAUGAUCUCGGGCGGGCUCGAACCGCCGGCCUUCUGUGUGUUAGACAGAUGUGAUAACCACUACACCACGAGAUCGCCUGUGAAAUCAGUGGAGAAAUUGCCAUGAUAUUUUUGCUGCUAGUUUUUUUGGGGGGACGGAUUUUUCAACUAAUUUCAAAAAAAUUUUUGCAGCCCUCAAGUUUGCCGCUCAAACGAUCAACUUGUCAGCAAAAGUAUAUCGCCGGAAGAUUAUCGAAAUGCCAUUGAGUGAGUCAAAAUUUCAUAUUGUUUCAUCUUGUAGAGCUCAAAAUUCUGGGCACAAAGAUAGCCCAAUGAGUUUAAAGGGACAUCGUGGUGAGACCCAAAAAAUAUGUCCUGUGCACCUUUAAGAACAAUUAUUUGUAGCCUUCUAGCUUCUAUGCACUCUCCAAAAUCCUAUGCUCUCUAGCUGUCUUGCGCGAAGCGCCCCGGAAUCUUCCGCGUUAGCGGCUCGAGCGGAGCGAGUGUAAAUUCCUCUGCGUCUCUACCCUUAUGCUCUCUGGCUGUCUGACACUGUUUGCUCCCUCUACGUCUCUAGCCUUCUAGACUCUCUGCGCUCUCCCAAAACCCUAUAUUCUCUCACUAAGUGUGUAACUCUCUGCGUCUCUAUCCUUCUAGCUUCUCUGCACUCUCCCAAAACCCUAUGCGUCUCUAACCGUCUAGCUUCUCUGCACUCUCCAAAAACCCUAUAUUCUCUCACUAAGUGUGUAACUCUCUGCGUCUCUAGUCUUCUAGUAUCUCUGCGUUCUCUCAAAAUCCUAUACUCUCUAGCUGUCUUCCGGGUUUGCGGCUCAAGUGUAGUUCCCCCUGCGUCUCUAACACUCUCUGGCUCUCUAGCUGUCUAACUUCUCCAAUUUUCCAGAGUCGCCGAAUCGAAUUCCCGCCGUUUCGCUCUCCUCACCCUCUGCACCAAACCCGCCACCACACCAAAACAACUCCUAAUCCUGCCAGCCUGCGAAAAAAGUCUGUCAUUCGAAAAAGUCAAUCAAAACAAGACGCGUCGAUCCACACUCUUACCGCAUCAACAAAAAUUUGCGCGAGACUUGCGAUCUCGCGAAGAUUUGUCGUUUGCCGAGCAGAAGAGCACGCGAAAACGCGGCCCGCGUUUGCCGAAUCGCGGUGUGCCUGAAGAAUUGACGGGUGGGAGAGAGGAACGAUCGAUGGCUGAGCAGAAGAGCACGAGAAGAAAGAAUAAGCCAAGAAAAUCGAAGGAAGAAAUUACGGGAAGUGGAGGUGGAAAAGAGGAAAGAUCGAUGCUUGAACCGAAAAGUUCGAGAAAAAGAAGAAAAUAA